CAAUCCACAGGGAGCCUAUAUAAACUCUGACAGUUGUCAAGUGGAGAACACUGGCUGUUUGCACUCGGGAGCGACGCAAUUUUGGGAGAUUUACAGCAAUAGAUACCCAGAAAUACCCAAAUAGUAACAAUGUCUCAUGCAUGGGGAUACGCACCGGACAAUGGACCCGACAAAUGGUGUGAAGGCUUCCCAAUUGCCAACGGACCCCGCCAGUCUCCCAUUGACAUCGUACCUGGGGAGGCUGCCUUCGACGCAGCCUUGAAGGCGCUCACUUUGAAGUACGACCCUUCCACCUCCAUUGACAUUCUCAACAACGGACAUUCCUUUCAAGUGACCUACACCGACGACAACGACAACUCAACUCUGACAGGGGGGCCCAUUUCAGGGACGUACAGGCUAAAGCAGUUCCACUUCCACUGGGGCGCCAGCGACGACAGGGGUUCUGAGCAUACCGUGGCCGGGACCAAGUAUGCUGCCGAGCUCCACCUGGUACACUGGAACACCAAGUACCCCAGCUUUGGUGAUGCUGCUAGCAAGUCUGAUGGCCUUGCUGUUGUAGGAGUCUUCCUCCGGGUUGGAAAUGAAAAUGCCAAUCUUCAGAAGGUCCUUGAUGCUUUUGAUGCCAUUAAAGCCAAGGGCAAGCAGACCUCUUUCGAGAAUUUUGACCCCACCAUCCUGCUCCCCAAGUCCCUAGACUACUGGACUUACGACGGCUCCCUGACCACACCUCCUCUGCUGGAGAGUGUCACCUGGAUCGUCUGCAAGGAGUCCAUCAGCGUCAGCCCUGCCCAGAUGGGCAAAUUCCGGAGCCUGCUUUUCUCUGGAGAGGGCGAGGCCGCCUGCUGCAUGGUGGACAACUACCGCCCCCCUCAGCCCCUCAAGGGCCGCGCUGUGCGUGCAUCCUUCAAAUAAAUCCCCCUGCCCCCCAAUCCCCUCCCCUGCUUAGUGAGACACCCAGGCGUGCCUCCCCUGCAGUAAGACUCAGAGCACAUGUACUGUAUGUCUGCCCUUACAUUUUUUAGAAGGACGAAAUCCCCCCUUUCCUGUCUCCCCAUUCCUACCAGUGCAGGGUUGCCCUGCUGUGAUGUGACGUGGGAAGAGGAAACAGUUGAGGCAUUGACCUUUUUUGUAUCCCCUCUCCUCUCUUGAGUGAUAACAAGCCAGAGAAGCCCUGAUGUACUUCACAAGAGAAGCACUCCACAGUGGUGGCUAUAAUGUGACAGAUUUACCGGGAUUUCGCCUGCGGUGCCAAUGUUGUAGACAGCUACUGGGCUCUGUAGUUUUUCAUAGAUAGAUAGAGAGGAUGUGUCAACAAACAAACAAACAAAGCUUGCGAAGAGGCUAAGACUAUAGAAAUGUAGCUGGGAUCAUGUAAUGGAUGAUUCAGUUGGAGAAAGACAAGCAGACCCGACUAGCAGUCAGUGGCAGGCCUGGGGUGGAUGAAACUGCUUCACCAUCUGUGAGUAGGGCCACACACACACACACACACACACACACACACACACACACACACACACACACACACACACACACACACACACACACACACACACACACACACACACACACACACUGCCAGUCUGUCUUUAAUCUCUGAUUGACUGCCUGCCUCAGGAUCACGGCAGCUUAAUGAAACACAGUGGUCACUUCCAUCACACCCAAUUGAACCAGAACAUCCUCCUCUGGAACACAUACACAGGCCUACAGUCAUUGACCUGCUCAUUGAUUUUCAUACUUAGCAUGCCUACAGUGCAUACCCAAUAUACAGACACACAUUGACAUGAAUACAAGCACACACAUAAUUGGAGGUUACAGCUACAAACUGUUAGCUAUUGUGCUCUGUCAUGACAAUGACUUUGCUUUCCUGUGUUUUUAUAGCAAAGCCUCAUCUUCAAUCAUUUGUUUUAUUUGUUUGUUCCUCUUGGUGUUAUUAGCAAUAUUAAUGGAUUUAUUUUUUCAAUAUUUAAGUGAUUCCUGAAUUGUGUUUUGCAACUGAAAGCUCCUCUAUACUUGUAGUAUUGUCUUGAUGACAUGACAACAGGAGGGUUAGGUUAUGACCCUUUUCAGACAUUAUGAAUUGUGUAAUGGAAUAUCCGUCUAAGCAUUGUUUUGCAAGCCCCUAUGUAUUGUGUUGUAACGUUUCGAACGCACAGUCGCCUUGUGCGACGCCAUAGGGCACUACAGCCAAGGAAGAAUCAACCCGCCAACUGAUAAGCUUUGUAGUGUUAGUGGGGUGUCAGGUCCUUUUAGGCCAGAUUACUAAUGACGAAGGGUCACCUUUAACUUUGGGACCACAGAAUCAUGCUAAUUUAAAAAAAAAAAAUGUUUGAAUGCAAGUGAAAUUAUGAAUCAUGUCUGUCAAAAAUGGAUGACUGUAUUUGAUAAUGAAAUUGAGUUUAAAAGCCUUAUGCAAAGCACAAAUUAAAGGGCCACCCCAAAACAGCCAGACUUACUCCCAGGAAGUGGAAGUUUUAUCAGUUGAAUAAAUAUAUUUUAUGACUA